GAUAAUAUCCCCGUGCGGGGACUGAGAGCAGUCAGACCUAAAAUCGUCAGUCCUCCUUUCACAUCCGUAGCGAAGCGGCCACGCCGCGCUGUUGCUCUUGGUGGGGAAUUUAAGCCUAGCUUGGCUGAGGGGGUUGAAAGUGGAGAGGCUGGAGCUCAAGCCGUUGCAUUGGACUAUAUAACCCACGGACGAGAGCGGGAGAGGCCGGGGAGACAGACGCCGAGGGCGAGAGAGCACGGGAGCGUCACCGCAGGAUGACCUGGAGACUCCGGCUGACCUUGACCCUGGCGGUGGUGCUGCUGAGGGCGUCCGAGGCCCGGAAGAGCCGUCCGGCGGGGGCCAUCCCCUCCCCCUACAAGGACGGGGGCGGCGGAGGGGGCGGAGGGGGCAAUAACUCGGAGCGCUGGCAACACCAGGUCAAGGAGGUCCUGGCCUCCAGCCAGGAGGCCCUGGUAGUCACCGAGCGCAAGUACCUGAAGAGCGACUGGUGCAAGACCCAGCCUCUCCGGCAGACGGUGAGCGAGGAGGGCUGCCGUAGCCGGACCGUCCUCAACCGCUUCUGCUACGGCCAGUGCAACUCCUUCUACAUCCCCCGCCACGUCAAGAAGGAGGAGGAGUCCUUCCAGUCCUGCGCCUUCUGCAAGCCGCAGAGGCUGGCCUCCGUGCUCGUCGAGCUCGACUGCCCGGGCCUCGACCCGCCCUUCCGACUGAAGAAGAUCCAGAAGGUCAAGCAGUGCCGCUGCAUCUCGGUGAACCUCAGUGACUCGGAUAAGCAGUGAGCGCCUCGGCCCCUUCCCGGCCGCCCCCCGAGCAGCGCCCCUUCAGCAUUAAGGCCUCCUUCCGUUGCCCCCUCGCCCCUUCCUGUUGGUUUCGCCGCUGCCGCCGGCCCCUACCCCGUCUCCCGCCCGGGGCCCUUCCCCUCCCUCCGCCCCCGCCGGCCAAGAGGGGGUGGUCCCCGCUGCCGCGGACCGGCGGUCUUCGGCCCCGAGCCCCAUCCUCUGGAAGAGGACACCGAAGGCGACGUGCUGUUCAGUCCAGCAUUAAUCAUUUCCACUGUGUGGAAGAGGAAUCUUGGAUCCGACACUCCGACGUGACCCCCCCCACCCCCGUCUGCGCCUCCCCACCCCCAAAAAGAUCCAGGCCGGGGGACCCUGCUUUCCGCUUCCAGAAUCCGGGGACGCCGGUGGACGGCGGGGGAGGCGGAGAGGCCGUGGGAGGCGGAGACCUCUGACUUGUGGCGGGAGCCAAGAGGAGGCCAAAGGCCUCCAACACGACAGUGGAAGGGAGGACACCGCCGCCCCCCGCCACCCCCCAAAAGCCCCUCCUGGGUUUGCCCAGCCCCAGCUGCAGCCUAGACACAGAGGGUCUCUUUGUUCACGCCGGUUUUAUAAUCGACCCGUAGUAAAAGAGCUGUUAAGAAGUAUUAUUCUCGCCCUAUCCAUGUAUUGUUUCACGUGUCGCCUGGGCCUCCGAGGUGGGAGCGAAGCUCCGGAUCGGGUCCGAGACCCGGGCCGGGCUCCCCGUUGCCUAGCAACCCUCCGAACCGCAUCCUCCGGCGGGGUGCCGACCCCCUCCCCCCCACCCUCAGACCGAGGGGCCCGGGGAGAGGGGUGGGAAGUCCGGAAAGUCACUGGAGGUCAUCCCGAAGCAUCGAAGCUUCCUCAACUACUAAGGUGUUUAAGUGGGAGAAGGAGCGUUUUCUUUUUUUAACUCUUCAAACCAAGGAAAACUCAGAGUCCUAAAUCCCAGGUCGGGGAGGAGUGAGGGGGAAGAGAGGGGGGAGAUAUCCCAGAGAGGAGCAGGAGGUGGAGGUGGGAAAUUAGAUCCACGGGCCCAAAUCCCGGGCAAACGGGCCACAGAGGACUCGACGUUCCGGGCUCAAGAGCCCCGGAAACGUUUCCGAGGCGUGAGCCGGCAUCUGUGUUUCGGGCCUGAGGGCCUUUUCCGGGAGAAUCCUUCCCAAGAUCCUCAUGGAUGGAACCGACGUGUCACCUCCGAUAGGGCUCUAAUAAACCGUCACGCCCGUCUCAGGGCCCUCUCCUGGUGUGGACGGCUUCUCGGGACGGCCCACCAAGAGAAACCCGUCACGUUAGAGGCCUCUGCAGCGCCGCCCACCUCCAACCCACCCAGUGAUGAGCCAUUAGUGCCGGCACCCAGGAGCCCUAGAAAAGAACAGGCCCCGAGUCACACAAAAGACCCGACGGACGAGCUUCUAACCGGUUUGGAAGGCGGGGGCCGGGAGCAGGGGACGGGCGGCCGCUCUGCGGCCCGACUCCCUCCCUGAUCCCCCCGGCCUUAGCUCCUCCCGGUGUCCCCUGUCUCGAGCCCCGGGAGAAACGGGAUUCGGGAGCGUGGAGGUGACUGGCACGGGCAGUUGAGCCCCGAAGCGGCCUUAGAAAGCGCUAAAUUAAAAUCCCCACGGGGCUGGGUGACGGGGUGAGGCGAGUCCUCUCCUGGCUCCAGAGCUGACAUUCGGCGCUUAGCGCAAAUCCUCGCAAGUCGUUCUUGGCGUCGGAAAGUUCAGACCGAAAAAACCCAACGAGGUUAUGUCUUCCUGGCGGCGACGAACGGACGGACGGGUCUCCCUUCGGAGAUAAUCCGCGCCAGGCAACCGGGCCUCUCUGGGGAAUACUAAGUCUCACUCACGGGCGCGCGCGCGCGCACACGACCACGCCACACACAGCCACAACCCACCCUUGCCGACGCCUCUUCCCCCUCACAGUUCCUCCUACCCCGAGGCCGGGCGCGUAUCCGUGAAAGCAAUACGAUAUGCUGCAGUGUCCAGAGCCUUCCUGAGGUCAUUUGUAUGUAAAAAUGAAGUUUACCUUAUAACGGUUCAAACUGUAUUUAAAUGUCCUUGUUUUAUAAAUGAAGAAAAAGCUAUAAGUAUAAUGUAAUUAUUUUAUAGGUGUACUAUUAUUAAAUUAUAGAACAAAUAAAGAUACUCUAGGAUUAUAUGUCA